ACAAGUUAAAGCAUUUCCGGGUUAGAGAGUCAGACGUAAACAUACCAGGGAAGCGGGCGAUAAGCAUGUGGGCUCAGCAGCAGAGAGGGAUCCACGUCAGCCAGGCAGAGCUCCUCUGCAAGGAUGGUUGUGGUUACUAUGGCAACCCUGCAUGGCAGGGCUACUGUUCUAAGUGCUGGCGUGAGCGGACCCGCAACACACAAGCAGACAGGCAGGAGAAUGGUACUAGCCUCAAAAAUGAUGGAGGAACUUCUCUCACCUUUUCGAAAUUCGAGGAGAAGAAGAACAUUGAGAAGGGGCGUCGGGUCAAUACAAUGAGGAAGCUUCUCUGGGGUACUCCCUCCCCACCCAAACGACUAGGGGAGUCAUCAGAGGGCCAAGAAGCUGCCCUAAAGGCCUUCCAGAGCCUGGAACCUGGAGACUUCACUAGCUUCCUGAAGCUGCUCCGCAAGCCUUCCUCUCAGCGCCUGCAAUCACGCUGCACUGCCUUCCUUAACACCAUGGAGGCCUAUCACGACUUGCCAGUGCAGAAGCAGUCUGACCUCGUGCAUGAUUUCUACCAGAAUGUCGCUACACAUUUCAAUAGUCUAUCAGAGGAGCAGACAACACAAAUGAUGGAGCACAUUGAGAAGUUGAUCAUGACCCGGCUGCACAAGUGGGUGUUCUGCCAUGACAGCUGCGAUGACGAGCAGAAGGACCUUGCCCUGCAGAGGAGGAUAAGGGCACUUAAAUGGGUCACCCCUCAGAUGCUGCGUGUUCCCUUCCCUGAGGAGAGGUCUGACGGCAGUGACCCCUUUCUGCCAGCUAUUACAGCAAUCAUUGAGAUGGAUGCCAAGAGAGCCCCUCAGGACAAGCUGAGCUGUGUGUCUAAGUGCAGCCAGAACGUGUUCCAGGCACUGGCCUCGUCAAGCUGUGAGCCAGCAAAUGCUGAUGACUUCUUGUCAGCCCUAGUGUAUGUGGUACUUAAGGCCAACCCUCCCCGGCUUUACUCCAACAUGCAGUACAUCAUCCGCUUUGGCCUGCCACACAGCCUGAUGGCUGGGGAGAGCGGCUACUACUUCACCAACCUGUCCUGUGCUGUGGCCUUCAUCGAGAAGCUGGAUGGGCCAGCCCUUAAUCUGAGCCCAGCAGAGUUUGAGGCGUACAUGCAGGGCCGGCGGACUAUCCCCAGCAGCCCGCAGGUGGGCAGCGAGGGGAAACGCAAGGCCAUGGAAACAAGGGAGCAGCUGGAGGAGCUGGGGAGCAGACAGGAGAAAGUUGCCCAAGGUGUCCAAGCCUUGCAGGAGCAGCUGCAGCAGUGGGUACAGUCUGUGCAGGCACAAGUGGAUGAGAUCACAACCCUGUCAGUGUCAAUGCAGACGGAAGCAGUCGCAGCCCAGUCACCACCUGCGCAGGUGGAUGAGUUCACUGCCCGGUCUGUGCCAGCACAAGCGGAUGAGGUCACUGCUCAGUCUGUCCCAGCGCGACUAGAUGAGGUCACAGCCCAGUUAGUGUCUACGCAUCUAAAUGAGGUCCCUGCCCAGUCAGUGAUGACCCAAGUGGAUGAGGUCACCGACCAUUGAAUGCAGGCCCAGGUGCAUGAUGUAGCUGUUUAGGCAUCCAAGUAUAUGAAACCAUUACCACUGGGAAUUGCAUCACCAUCGGUGCUCUUAUUGGGCAUGUAAUGACCUCAUGGAGAGGGUGCUGACACUGUGCAUUAUCUUCACCAGCCUUCUCUUCUGGUACAAUUUGACCACCUAUGCAAGACAACAGCCAACAAUAUUCUGUAGUGCCAUAGCCAUACACCACACUUCAAGAUACCAGCAGUCUCUUGUCCCAAAGCUGUUGCCUUUCUCUGAAGUGUUACUGUCAUGUGUAUGAGAGGCCAGUUGGUGUUGCCUUCUGUUUACAUUCAUGCCUUUGUGCAGGUAAAAUUCUCUCAGCUAAUAAAUUAUUUGUUAUGGUAUGUGGUUGACACCCACUCAAAGUAAGGAUUUAAGGUCAUCAACAAUCAUACUGGCAUUUAGAGCUGAAGAAAAUAAACAUACUGUCUUGUACAGAAGCCUCUUCCUUGCACUUUGUAAACCAGGUGUGGGUUAUCCAUACCCCGAGUGCUGAAAACCAUUCUGGUUUUUGGUCCUUACAAAUCUUUAAUAAAAUAUGUGGAUUAAAUGUUAGGAUAUGUAAAUGCAGGUCACCAUGUGCUCCUUAUGUUUAGUGUUUUACUGUUUAGAGACACCAAGAAAAUCAGCAGUACUGUAGCACUUGAGGAACAGGGUACAUUGCCCUGUUAAUGAUGGUUAGUACACAGGUACUGAGGAGAGGGUCCAAUAAAUUAUUAAUGGUUACCACUUUUAUGUGUACUUUGUAAGGCAAUGAUGUCUGAGGUUUUUGAAGCUAUUUUGUCUCUUUUUAUUUGUCUGUUCAGAUUCCUUGUGUCUUGAAUACAAAAGUGCCUAAACAUUUAAACCUGUAAAGUUUUAACACCUUUUCAAAGGAUCCUUCUGACCAGCUAAAGGUUCAGUAACUCACUAAUGAAGCCGUCAUGUGGAACUCCAGAUUACAGUGUUACCCUCAAACUGAAUGUUAGUGACCUACCAAUGGAUUUUUUUCCUUUUGCAAUAUAUGUGUGAAUUUUUGCAGUCAGACCGUUAUCAUGAAGAAUUGCAGCACAACGCUGCCUUUGUAUUGAGGAUCUGCUUAUAUAUUCAUAAGAAUUAUUAUUAAUUUAAGGUGGAAGUACUUCUCUUUUGAUACUCCUCAGUAUCACUAAUACUGACUGGAGGGGGGAGGAAUAAGUAGAUUUUUCUGUGUGUAGUUGACAGACAUUUGUGAGAAGGCCUUAUUGUUUACCUGUUUUAAAUGAA